AUGGCGGCCGGUGAGUUUCCCCGGGGCAGCCCCGGACAGAUCCGGACUCCCGGGGAUGGGGAAGGGGAUCAGGCGCAAAUGUUUGGGGAAGUUACCCGGAAUUUCCCCAUACCCCCUGGGCAACAACUCCUGGAACCCAGGAAGAGGGAGGGGGCUCCUGACUUUGGGCGAAAAGUUUCAGGUGGAAGUGGACCAUAUGUACAGAUCAUUGAACAACCCAGGCAAAGGGGCAUGCGUUUUCGUUAUAAAUGUGAAGGACGGUCAGCAGGAAGCAUUCCAGGGGAACACAGCACAGAUAAUAACAGAACAUAUCCAUCUAUACAGAUAAUGAAUUGUUAUGGGAAAGGAAAAGGAAAAGUGAGAAUAACUCUAGUAACAAAGAAUGAGCCAUACAAACCGCAUCCCCAUGAUCUAGUUGGAAAAGACUGCAGAGAUGGCUACUAUGAAGCUGAAUUUGGUCAGGAACGCAGAGCUCUAAUUUUUCAGAAUUUGGGGAUUCGCUGUGUAAAGAAAAAAGAAGUGAAAGAAGCCAUUAUUUCACGAAUUUCAGCAGAAAUUAAUCCUUUUAAUGUUCCAGAACAACAGCUACUCAACAUUGAAGACUGUGAUCUCAAUGUAGUAAGACUCUGUUUUCAAGUUUUUCUUCUUGACGAACAUGGCAAUUUAACAUCAGCUCUUCCUCCUGUCGUCUCCAACCCCAUUUAUGAUAAUCGAGCUCCGAAUACUGCAGAAUUAAGGAUCUGUCGUGUAAACAAGAAUUGUGGAAGUGUCCGAGGAGGAGAUGAAAUAUUCCUACUCUGUGACAAAGUUCAGAAAGAUGACAUAGAAGUUCGAUUUGUGUUAAAUGAUUGGGAAGCUAAAGGUAGCUUUUCACAAGCAGAUGUACACCGGCAAGUAGCCAUUGUAUUCCGAACGCCUCCAUUUUACAAAGCUAUUACUGAACCAGUAACAGUAAAAAUGCAGCUCCGAAGACCUUCUGACCAGGAAGUUAGUGAAUCCAUGGAUUUUAGAUACCUGCCAGAUGAAAAAGAUCCAUAUGGUAAUAAAUCGAAGAAACAGAAAACAACUUUAGAUUUCCAGAAGCUGUUGCAAGGUUGUGUUAAUUUUCCAGAAAGAACAAAAGCUGGGCCUUCCCUAUCAACUAGAGAAGGAAGAAUCAUCAAAAAAGAAAUGUCAAGAACUUUAGGAACCAUGCCUCAAAUCCCACCUUAUUUUUCUUCCUCACUUGUGUCAAGUUCCAGUACAAUGUCGCAUCAUGCUUCAGCCGUGCCAUACCCUUCUUCAUGCUGGCCUUCGAUGCCUCUUUCCACAUCAGCAAACUUAAUUAAUACACAUUCACCAAAUGGUUUUCCGGCAGGGCCGCUGCCGUCUGGCUCCCAGAGUAGCCAGUCCUUCCUGGAGAUGGCUAAUGUUUCCGGGAGCCUGGAUGCUUCCGAUCCCUGCCUUUUUAGCAACGGCCCGGGCGGCAUGCGGGCCCCUGCGCUCUCCCAGGCCGACGCCUUCGGGGCCGGCAGCGGCCUGAUGCAGAACCGUCCGGUGACUGGCCCCACGUCCAGCGGCGACGGCGCCAUGGAGACCGACGUGCACUUCGUGAGCAUGAGCCUUGACGGCUCGGCCUACAGCUCCGUGCUAAGCCCCAGGGACUAUCGGAGGCCGCUCCACCCGCCGCCGGCCUCUGCCAGGGCCUCCGAAGCCGCCUCCGCCUCCAGCCCUGCCCUCUUUGGCCCACAGCCGGAUGUGUUCGACCCCGUUGAUUUCAGUUGUCUUGACAACAGUCCGGGUGGUGAGGCCAAACCGGCCGGCCAUCCUCAGCCCAGUGAGCCGAGCUUUGUGCAUGGCAGUCAGUGCUACGUGAAUGAUAGCAUGCCGAGCGAAGACCAGUUUAAUUCCUUUGAAGUCAGCUUAGACUUUCUAAUACAGAACUCGUCUAAUUAA